UUAUCUCCUAAUACCCACACAACUUACAGGUACUGUUUUGUACAAAACAUAUUCGCGAAUCGCGAAAAAGAAAUAGCCUGGUUGUGAUGAGUUGGUACCUUCUGGCGUCCUCGUGGAAGAUUUUGAAUAUUGUGAUUUUAGAAGAGUGAGUGUGAUGGGACUGAUGGGUUAAACGAGGGUUGGAAAUAACAGUGAUUUGUGGAGGUGUACUUUUGGAUUGAUUGAGAAAGUCGACGCGAGAUGUUCGGCGCUCGAUACCUAUGGCUGUUGUUGUGUUAUGCGCAGUGUGCAAGAGCCAAUCUCGACACUGACUUCGAAGGGGUUACUACCAUCCUCUCGCAGAACGAAGACCGGAGUGUGGAUCUGCCGGUAGAACUGGGUACGGAUGCUGCUUCGGGCUGCAUUUGCCGAGCCAGCAAGCACCGGCAUGUCAUCGUGUGCUUCGGCAACUACGAGUGCAAGACUUUUCCCAAGAUCGAAUAUAAAAGCAAAUCCCUUCGGGUAAGGACCACCGCCAUCAGAAGUUUAAGAAAAGGCGACCUCGACACCCUGCAUCACCUGAAAAUACUAGAAGUUGAAGCCAACCACAUGCUCGCGCAUAUUGAAUCAGGCGUCUUUCUCAACAUGAGCAAUCUUCAGCAUCUCUCCAUCUCCUAUAACAUCGGCCUACAAACCCUAGCUCAAGACACAUUCGAAGGUCUGACCAAUCUCCACAACCUAACCUUAGUCAAUAAUGGCUUCACAAACAUACUUGACCUCACUCCCGCAUUUAAAGUCAGCAUCCUACCCUCUUUAAGAGGUUUAGACUUAUCAGAAAACUGUUUCGAACAUAUACCUGAAGAAGCCUUUAUUCCAAUGAUAGGAACCUCUCUCAAACACCUUGAAAUACAUCUGUGUUCUCUUGACUUCAUUCAUCCCAACAGUUUCUUACCGUUGAGGAGUUUAAAAGAGCUACAUGUGGGAGAAAAUGAUCUUAGCUCCAGUCUGAUCGGCAAUUUUUUACUGAAAAUGAUGGAAGAAGGCAUCAAUUUGACAAGCUUAGACAUAUCUGGUAUGGGCUUCAGGAAGCAACCGCCGCAGCGACUGAUCAACAUUAUAGCGCAAACAACUAUAAAGAGUCUCAACUUGGCCCAAAACCAGUUUGAAGUGAUCAAUGACGCCGCCUUUCCUCGGAUGGAAAAUAUCGAAGUGCUGGAUUUGAGAAGAGUCUCCGCAAUCUUUAUAGGACCAAAUACGUUUGACGAUACAAGGUUUCCUAACUUAAAAGUUUUAUUGCUGGGUGGAAAUAACUUACCGGGAGAUCACGAAACGCACUUGUCCAACCAACUCAUCCUACUAGACUUGUCUAGUAAUAAAGGCAACGCAGCAAACCCUUUGUAUUAUGAAAUUGGCAAAGAUACAUUCAGCCAAAGUAAAAAAUUAAGAGUUCUUAACCUAUCCUAUAACCGAAUAAAAACUAUAUUUGAAUAUACAUUUAGGGGACUAGAGAAAUUACGAAUAUUGAACCUUGAAAAUGGGACAAUAUAUUUUAUAGGAACUGACACGUUCAAGCCGCUCAAACAGCUUGAAAUGCUGAACCUAGCCAACAACCCUCUAGUUGCCAAUGAGAAUCUAACCAGUGCACAAUUCAAUGGCUUGAAUGAACUGAAAAUACUUAUAUUGAUGAACUGUGGCAUUAAACGGUUCUACGACAAUGAUAAUAUUUUUGAAAUGAUGCCAAAUCUCACACAUUUAAAUUUGAAGAACAAUCAACUGUACUACAUCACAGCUGAAACAAUCAAACCAUUGAAGUUUCUACAGGUACUAGAUUUAAGUGAAAACCUUAUUAUAUCGUGGUGGAAACCUCUGUUUUUGGCAGCUGGAGUCGCACCCAAGAGAUUGUAUUUAAUGAACAAUAAGAUAUCACACUUUUCAGUCAGCAUGAUGCAAGAUAUCAGCUAUCUUUUGGAAGAUGGGAGAAACUCGACCGCUGAAGUGGAUCUCAUGGACAACAUCUUCGUUUGCGAUUGCAGCACGAUGUACGACACGUACAUAUGGCUUGAGCAAAACGGAUCUACCGUGCUUAAGGACUAUUUUGCUCAGUCACAAUUCCAAUGUAGCAGCCCUGACGUGUGGGAGGACAGAAAAGUCUCGGAAUACUUAUCGUCGGUGAAGAAGCUACAUUGUUUAGUUUACCAAAAGAUCUCAAACAUCAUGGUUCUCGUUUGGACAGCGCCAUCGCUCGUAACGAUUAUAUUAAUUGUGUCAUCAGUGACGAUUAUUUACAGAUACAGGAUUUAUAUACGAUAUUGGAUAUUCUUGGCUAAAUUAGCUCUAGGAAGGACAUUGAUAGCUAAAACCCAAAAAACUGAGAACAUGGUCGAAAAGACUUAUAAAUAUGAUUCAUUCGUGUCAUAUUGCGCUGAUGAUAGAGAUUUUGUGAUGGAGAUGGUUUCGGAGUUAGAAUCGCCGCCUUCGUGUCUAAAGCUUUGUGUUUAUGAGAGAGACUUCGAAAUAGGUACUUUUAUCUCCGAAUCCAUAGUAACCAGCAUAAAUGAGAGCAGGUUCAUAGUUUUAGUGAUAAGCAAUAGUUUUGUUAGGUCACAGUGGUGCCGAUGGGAGACUCAGCUAGCAGAAUAUCAUAGACUAUUUCUAGAAGAUGGAUCCGUGUAUGAUCCGUUGGUGUUAAUAAAAAUAGGUGAGAUAGACAAUAAAUAUUUGACUACGACUUUGAAAUAUCUUCUAAAAACAAAAAUUUACCAUUCCUGGGACGAGAAAAAUCCAGAGGAGUUUUGGAAGAAAUUGAAAAAUGUUUUGUCAAAGAAGUGAUUUAUACUUUUUAUUUUAUUUUA